AAUAAGAGAAUUUCUCUUUUACAAUUAUCAUCAAUAUAAUCGCGAUGACUUCCCCGAUGAAGUUUCGAUCUGAGGUUAUGUUUAUGAUUAUGGCUAUCUUCGUCCUUUUAGCAAACAUGUCGACUUGUCGAGCAAAAUUGUCCUCAAAAUAUUAUAAAAGAUCGUGUCCUAAUGGAGCCAACGCUAUCCGAAAGUCAAUUACGCAAGCAAUAUCUCGUGAGCGUCGGAUGGCAGCAUCUCUAGUCCGUCUCCAUUUCCACGAUUGUUUUGUUCAGGGUUGUGAUGCAUCGGUUUUACUAGACGAGGAUGCGACACCGACGAGCGAAAGAAAUGCAAAACAGAACAAAGACUCGUUAAGGGGAUUUGAAGUGGUUGAUGCUGCCAAAGCCGAAGUUGAAAAGAUAUGUCCCGGAGUUGUUUCGUGUGCAGAUAUACUUGCAUUGGCAGCACGAGAUUCUUCUGUUGUCGUUGGCGGACCAUCAUGGAAAGUGAAACUAGGAAGAAGAGAUUCAACCACAGCCAAUAUUACAUUAGCCGAAAGUGACUUACCACUAUUCAGUAGCACCCUUGAUGAACUCAUUGCAAAUUUUGACAAGAAAGGACUAAAUCAAAGGGACUUGGUAGCCCUAUCAGGUUCACAUACCAUAGGAAAAGCGCAAUGUCUUACAUUUCGUGGCAGAAUAUACAGCAACGACAGUAGCAUAAUAGACGCUAGUUUCGCUAGAGCACUUCAACGCACUUGCCCUAAUAACAAUGAUGUUGGUUCUACCAAUUUGGCCUCUCUUGAUUUAGUGACACCUAAUACAUUUGAUAACUUCUACUUCCACGACUUAAUUCAGAAGAAGGGUCUCCUUACGUCGGAUCAAGUAUUGUUUAACGGAGGGUCGACAGAUCGUAUUGUAGUAAAAUACACUCAAAACCCUUCAAAAUUUAAUUCUGAUUUUGGGAAGGCUAUGAUAAAAAUGGGAGAUAUUGAACCACUUCUUGGAAAAAAUGGGAUCAUCAGGAGGGUAUGCAGUUCUUUGAAUUAAGGAUAAUCGAAAUUAAAAGUGUGUUUUUUUUAAAUAAAGUUAUGAAAAUGUGAAAUAAAAGUUUCAAUCUCUACAUCGAUCAUGAUAUUCUAAUGGGAAUGAAUGAUUGAUGAUUGCUUGAAACUCCAACUUAUUGAAAUGUUAUUUUAUAUGAAUUAUGUUGUAUUGAUUAAUUAACUGCUGAAGCAAUAAAAUAUAUUUGUUUGAUUGGAUAAUAAUAAAUUAUUUGAGGUCA